CCUAUUCAAAUCUAUCGUAUCCUGCUACUUUGCAGCUUAUUCCUCUCCCAUAUCAUCGCAAUAAUGGUCUCCCUCAAAACAGUCCAAGCCUCCAAUGCCAGCCUACGAUCAAUCCCUAACCUCACAGCCCUGUUCGUCGGAGGCACAAGCGGAAUGGGCCAAAGCACCCUCCGCCAACUAGCCAAGCACACCGAAAGCCCAACAGCCUACAUAGUCGGACGGAAUCAGUCGCGCGCAAAGCCCUUCCUCACCGAACUCCAACAAAUCAACCCAAAAGGCAGGUUCAACUUCAUCGAAGCAGACGUAUCCCUAGUCAGAAACGUAGACAAAGCCUGCCAACAGAUCCUCCAGCAAGAAACACACCUCAACUUCCUUUUCAUGACACCCGGAGGGAUUUCUCUCGGCGGACGGAACGAGACCCCGGAAGGAAUCGACUACCUCUUCGCCCUCCGCUACUACGCGCGCAUGCGUUUCGUCCAGAAUCUUCUCCCAUUACUCGCGCCCGCAAGACCAAGCCGCGUCGUGAGCGUUUACGGAGGCGGAUUCGAGUUCGGGAUCAAUACGGAUGAUCUAGAUCUGAAGCACAACUUCUCACUUCUCAAUGCCUAUAAGCAUUCGAUUACCAUGACGUCCUUGAGCAUGGAGUAUCUGGCUACGUCGCAUCCAGCUGUUAGUUUUGUCCAUGUAUACCCUGGUCUUGUGGGGACGAAUAUCUACACGAACAGCUUUCCGCCGCCUAUCUCGACGCUCUAUAACUAUGGUAUGUGGCCGCUCAUGUGGCCCUUCUCGGUUAACCUGCAGGAGAGCGGGGAGCGGCAUCUAUUUCAUCUUAGCUCUGCGCGGUAUCCGGCCAAGAAGGGGGACAUGGCUCAGGGUGUUGCGAUUGAGUCGCGGGAUGUGGCGAAGGGAACGACCGGGGAGACAGGGAGCGGAGCGUAUCUCUUGAAUUGGAACGGGGAGGUUCAACCGAGCCGGACGAUUUUGAAGGAUUAUCGGGAACAGAAGGUGCCUGAAUUGGUAUGGAGACAUACCGAGGACCUUUUGGAUCGGGCUGUGAGUCGGUGA